UUUAAGGCUAAUUUUAAUGUGCAUUUAUAAUCUUUCAUAUUCAUGUUUUGUUUUGACAUUUUGUUAGUCACCUUGAGCACCUCCUGAAGCAGCAGGGCAGGCCAUAGCCAGACAAAUAAUAACCAAAUAAACCAACAUUUCAUUACUGGCUUUCUGUGCAACCCACUAAAAUGCCCGAGAGUGAAUAAUGCCUCGACUUCAUUGCUGAAAGAGAAGAAUGGUGUCUUAACAGAGUCUUUGUGAAUCCUCAUUCACCUGUCAUUAGAUAUGGGCUGUGUUUUCACAAUAUACUUAGAAUUUACUGUUAUGCAAAUUGUCAGGAUUUCUAUGACACACUAAACCAUAAACUAACCAUACAGCCUAGAUUGCCCAGCAAACUCAGUUCAGUGGUGAUUGCCUCAUUUGUGGUUCAGUGCCCUUGCAGGGAACCAUCAUUUCAAAGAGAUGAAAGCUUUAGUGGUUUUAUUUACCUAGAAACAAGAAAGUAAUUUUAUAACUCAAAAUAUGCAGAUUAACUUCCUUCCUCAAGUACUUUAUCGAGGGGAAUUUGAACUGCUGCAGUUUGCAGUUGCUGGAAAUGUUUUAAUGAAUGCGUUGGCUUGCCUUAAGGGCUGAAAGAAGAUCAUGGUGACCAAGGGGAUAUAUAAACUGGAUGAUGGACGGUGUUACCCAACCAACUGCUUUCCAGCUAAAAGCCUUUUGCAGCCUAGAUACGAAGAAGGAGCCAGUCACUGGCAGGUGGCUCGUCAGAAUAUGGAGAAAACCAAGAUCGAAUGGCUGUUUGGCACAAAAACUGCCCGGCUGAACUUGAAGACAUGUUUGAGGGAAGCCUACCGCCCAAGGGCAGAGAAGAUCCUCAGUGGGGCCCAGCUGAUUAAGCUCCACCGUGUGAAAAAACCUUCUGACUUGUGCUCAGUGAAUAUCAGCCACCAGAAUUUUGCUGUGGCGAAGGAAGAGGACUUUGUGCAGUUUGAUUCCGUAGCUUAUAUCAAUGCCACUGAAAAUCUGUUGACUUUAGAAAUUUUCCGUAAAUUUCCUGGGCUGCGGGAGCUGGAACUGUCUUUGAAUGGUCUGAGAAAUCUUAAAGUUAAUGCUGGGGAUUUUCCACACUUGGAAAUCUUGGAUCUCUCCUACAACAACUUAUCCCCUGAUGAUGUGCAGACUCUGGGGAUUUUACCCCACCUGAAAGUUCUUCACCUUACAGCCAACGGACUUUCUUCACUUCCCCUUGAUCUGGCUGCCUCAGAGAGUGAGAGCUCUCCAAGGUUCCCAGCAAUGGAGGUCUUGCUCCUGGAUGACAACCAUCUUUCUCACGCCAACGUCUUUGUCAGCCUGGCCAAUCUCCGAAGCCUAAAGCAGUUGAACUUGGACAAAAAUGGAAUUAAAGAGGUGCCGUAUCUCCAUUAUGCGGACAACACCCACUUCUCCAUCCAUCCUUUAUCGGCAAAGUCAGGCAUCCGGGCAGGGCUGUGUUGCCGGAAGAACACACAGAAAAAGCUGCAGCAGGAUCAUUCCCCAAGGCUAAACCAGCAAUACAGUUAUAUCGCUGUGCAAGACACCAAAGAUCCAGAAAGGACAGGUGGGGCCUACCUUCAAUAA